AUGAAUCAAAACUAUAGAUUUCUUGCUGUUCUAUUGUCAUGCUUUGUUAUUUUAUACUUUAUGUUCAAUCACCUUGGAAAGAAGAAAGAAAUUUCCGAAACCUCAAUCUUCAAUGAUCCACAAUUUAAUUCAAUGGCCACAAUACGAAAUGAAUUCGAAUCGCCACAAUCCUUUCUACAGACUCAAUUCUACUCACUUGAGCAGAAAAAUCUACGGAAAGAAGCUCUUAAACGAGUAGAAGAAGAUAGGAAAGGACUGUUGAAAGCUGCAAAUGGAACAGAUCAUAAAGCAUUCUACAAAGCAGUAAAACCAGAAGUAUUCUGUGAGAAAAAUGAGAGAAUUGGGUACAAAGGAGACGGAGGAAAACAAGUUUGUAAUGCUGGAGCCGUCAAGAAGGAGGAUUGCACACUCCUCUCCCUCGGUCUUCAUAACCAAAUCGACUAUGACCUGGCAAUUUUCAAGGCAACCGGACGACACUGCAAGCUGUUGGGGGCUGAUAUGAACUCUCAAAACGCCAAAACGCAAAAAUCCUAUGAAGAGAUGGGAGGAGAGAUAUUUGUUGGGAAGAUUCCAGCUAACCUGACCAUCCCAGAAAUGCUGGAAAAGACUGGAAGAAGUGAAGUGGAAUUGUUAAAGAUUGAUAUCGAGGGAGGAGAAGUGGAUGGACUGGAACCUUUGAUUAGGGAUUAUUAUGUUUGUCAGAUUUUCAUCGAACUCCAUGGAAAGAAACCAAUCGAACACUUGACAAUGCUCCGAAUGAUGUCUAGAUACGGAUUCCGUCUAUUCAACAUCGAACCGAAUCCCUACUGUAAAAAAUGUUGUGAAUACAGUCUGAUCAAUGAGUUGUGUAUGGUACAGUUUGGAGCAGUUCCAUUGGGUAUCACUAUUCCACACUAG